GUUGCUCUAGGCCAGUAAUUUGUCCACCUUCAAAGCUAAGAGAACAUGUGAUUUUGAAGACGAGCUAGAUAUUUUUUUUGUUCCAAGACUGUUUCAAAUUUUCAAAAAACCGGGGCAAACAUGGUGCUGCGAGUGUUCCAGAUCGCCCUUACCAUUCUGACUCUUUCGAUGGGCCCGAUCAGUGGCCUAGAGUUGGAGGAAAGUGACGCAAAGUUGGUUAAGAUCAUAAACGGUUGCGAGUGGAUUAGCCGGCAGAAUGUGAUCUCCGAGAUACUACUGGAUCGCUACCGGAAGUACGUGAUGGAUAAUUUCUUCUUGCUGGACGACGUUUGUGCGGUGCAUGAGUGGAAUAAAAAUUCGAGAGGUGCCUCAGAAUUGACCGAGGAUAGUGACGCUGAGAAUUCCGGCAACAACCAGGAACAGCUGCUACCGAGCGACAAUGAAAUUCCGCCCCCAGAUCACGCCUCCUGCAACAAGAGUGCCAGAAAUCUGUUUUUCUGUCUCUCCGAUCAUCUGGGUGAUCCAACGUUGAACGCAAUGAUCCUGGACAAUCUGGAGGUCAUCUGCGAUCCCCGGUACUCCCGAAUGGCUGAAGGUGGGAUCGACAAGCGUGACCCUAAGUACGUAUCCAAACAGAAGUUUUUCUCCUGGGGUGGCAAACGUAACACAGCAACCGUGUUCUACCCAUGGGGCGGAAAGCGGAGCGUGGGUCGGGUUCAUCGGCAGCCCAAGGUCGUCAUCCGGAACCCAUUCCACGCCUGGGGUGGAAAAAGGGACCAGAGCCCGAACCAGGUGGGUUACUAAAUCGAUCGAACAAACCAACAAUCAACGUCCACGGACCCCAGAAGAAGACUACAACAACCCACUUGUCCAUCGUCAUGCAAACUUGAAGGGAGGAUAGCUCAUAUUUGGUUGACUUGAUUUGGUUCCUCUUGCAAUAAAUAGAUCAGUUGUCAGUGCAUGUUCCAGUUUCAUUCAAGCAAGCAACAAAUAAACACAGCAAAAAUAUAUAGGAUAACACAAGCAAACUUA